AAUUUUUAGACUUACUGGGAGGCCCUUUUGUUAAACGUGAAAGGAUUUGCGUCAGCACAAGGAAAUCAAUAAAGGCCUGGUCUUUACAUUGGCCUUUGCUUUGCAGAAGAACAUGCCCAACCCGUUCUGAAUAAUUUUAAUUAAGUCAUAUGGAAAUAAGUUUAUUACACAGAAAUAACAUUUCAAGCAGAAAAUUCAAACAUCGCAUAAUCUGCAAGCGAUUUUAUAGAACUCAAGAAUCUCAGAUAUAACAAACACUGUUAAGGGUAACUGUCAACAAACGAAGUGUCCUUCAUCACCUGUGUACUUCUUUUGUUGCAAACGAGUUCGGAGAUUGCGAACUGGUUAGUCAAGUUAGGCGAAUGAAAGCUAACGUACAGUUCCACUUAAACUGCUCCUCAAAUACGACAGGUAUUUUGUAGUGAGCGUAAUAAUAACCGGAGUACCUGGUCGUAGACUGAGUUACGGAAACAUUCCAGCGCAUUUGAUGCAUUUUCACCGUUUUUUAGAUUACACAUAGCAUUUCAUACCCUGUUACCUGUUACGGUUUCAUACUUGAUGUUAACUCAGAUAAAAACAAAAUUCCCUGAGUCUUCUGUCUCUUUGGUCAUAUUUUAAACCAGAUAGUGGUUUCUAAUUUCAUGUUUUACAUAGCGUAUUUGUUUUUUGGGGAAUCACAUGGUUGUGAAAAGAAUACCCUAUUGUCAAAUAAUCUGGGCCGACUCAGUUGUUUCCAUGGUUGCUACACAGCUAUGUCUUAAAAUGGUUUUAUGGCUAGUAUCAUAUCGCAAGGAUAUAAGAACAGAUUGUUAAGAACAGGGAUUCAAAUUUUAAAAGAUCAUUCAAAAUCUUAGCCAGGGUUUUCUUAAUAGCCAGUCGGUCAUUUUUGACAAGAUCUUGGGUUUGUCAGAACUAUAAGAUUUUCUGGAUUUAAAUUUGAUUAAAGCUAGUUAUUAGGUGUGCCCUCAAUGAUACCAUGUCUGCAUCUUGGAUGCUCCAUCAAUAUGCUCUACGUACUGGGAAUUAGAAAGAGAAAGAAUCAAUAAAAAAGAGGACUCGGCCUGGGCUUGUGGACUUGCCCUCAUGAAGAUUUUCAUGGUUAUGCCCAGGGCCGACACCUGCAGUGAUAUAUAUGGGGGUGGAGAUCAUAAUAUUUCCAACCACAUAUCUACUUCAAUUGCAAGUUUAAUACUGCACAUGCAUCUCACUUGUCAUUUCCCAUUUGCUAGGUAUAGGUAGUAGCCCAACCCAAUUUGCUAUAUUUUAGAUGCAGAUAGAUUUCUUCAAGGUAUAGUUGUUUUCUUGGUGAAGUGACUAGUCAAGACAAAGACCAUUAAAUUAUUCCGCAAGGACCAACUUUGGCUAUUUUCAGUCAAUGCAACAUAAAAUAAUGGACUGAAAGUAGAAUUGCUAAUAAUAAGAUAUGGAAAGCUAAGAAGAAUAUCAUCAGCCAGACAUUGGGAUGUGACUUGUGAUUGUGGAGAUUCCUGAAAUUUUUUGACAAGCAUUAAGAUUUUCCAACAAACAGCCUCUUUGAUACCGCACUGGCUCUUGUUAAACCAUUUAAAGGGUUUAGUAAUGAACUAGGGUGAACUCAACUGACACUGUGCACCAAAGAACUUUUCCUAAAGUACAUGGUGUCCCUUGGCCUAUUUUUUCCAAAACCAAUUCAUAUUACACUCUAUUUUUAUAAGAAUAAUUUUAUAAAGAUCAAGUUUUAAAAAAUUAAGAACAGCCAUUCUGAACUUCAAUUUUCUGGUUCCUGUAAAAAAAGAAUGUAUAGUUUUUUUGAAAACAUGCCUUAAUCCAUCCAGUCAAACAAUACAGACAUUGACUGCAUAACAAUGAUAAGAUAUUGAAUGGUUAAUUAGCCUUUCCUGACUAGAAGAGGCUGUGACUGAGCCAAAAUGCUGCAACAAAGACAAAAAGCACUAUGCAACACUUUGCACCAAAACUUUGUGCAACAAUAUUAUCUAUUAUAAAAAAUUAUCUAUCAUAUACUCUGUUUAAAAUAUUUUCCAGAAGUAGGCAAUCAAACUAAACAUAAUGCUCUUUCAAUAGAAAUUACUUUUGUAAGCUCAUACUUGCACACAAAUGCUUAAUCUAUGGCAAAAUGUAAACUUAUGCAACUCUUGAAAGUUCAUCUUGAUACUUAUAAUACAAAUUUUGCUUGCUUGAACAAAUCUUUCAAUUUCUGAGCUUUCAUCUUUAUCCUCCUACCUUCUGCUCACCUAUCAUCAUCAUACAGUAAGUUUAAGUAAGAUUAAUUUCAUGCUUUAUCUAGAGAUCAAUUUUAACUUCUGCCUAGUGAUGGUGACAAAACUGUUAAUUGAAAGCUGAUUAACUUCACUGGAUAUGACUGACCGAAAUUGAAUUCUUAGUUAGCAUGCUGUCAAGUCGCAAAGAUUUUCUCCAGGACUCAAAGCUUUUUCGGGAAAUACAUUUGUUUCAAUCUUAGUCUGCAAUUUAUUAAGAUAACUAUUUUGCACAUUUGUUUAGUGCACCUAAAAAUCAAGGAUUUGCAUCUGGUACUCUCUGUGGUACUGUAUUGUUGAUGUACAGUUCCAGAAAUAAAAAAUGAUUUAUUUUGAGAAAUAUUUGAAAUGUGGAACAUUUAUGAACGAAACUGGAAGUUAAAUUAUUAGAACAAGAUAGAAAGGGAUGAUAUGUAAAUAAUGUUUUCAAUGAGCAACAAGAAAAACAAACAGAAACAGUUUAUUUGCAAAGAACAAGCUUCUGUAUUCACCAAAAUUGUUUGCUGGGAGAAUCUUGAAGGAACUAUGGCUUUGCAGUGCAUUUAUGAUUGAGAAAGAAUUGAGGACGAGAGAACACAUUUGUCUUCCUUAUUUGACUUAUCUUGUCACAUAUCUGUUUCUGUUGAUUGUAGCAGUAUAAAUCAGUUGCAAAGAGCUCAGGAGGGGGUCUUAGGAAUCUCAAAGGUGCUGGGUUUGGCCAAUUUCAAUUGCAAGGUUCUUGUACCCCAAAAGCCUCCCUUGCUAAGCAUAAAUUUGAUUGGCGGGAAUUGAGCAUGUCUCCAGGUUAGGGACCAUAGUUUUGCAAUGAUUUGGUAUGAAACCAGACCUGUCAACCCUCCUGGUUCAGCCAGGAGACUCCGGUUUUGACUGUUUUCUCCUGGUCUCCCAGUUUCAAAGAUGUCUAGCAGAAUGUCUAGGAAGAUUCUUCACUGAAUGUUUGAUUGAACUGUGCAUCUUAUGCUUCAAAGACAGGUCCAUUAUGUAUGUUUUCUUUUUACAGAGGUAUAAUUGAGAUAAAAUGGUCACAUUGAAUUCCACAUGACAACAAUUUUUUGUUAGUGCUUACUGAUUAACAAAAAAGCACUUAAAGUUAUUAUGAAGAUACUUCUCAUGAUCACUUUUGUCAUAAACUGGUUGCAGGGCACAACAUUUUAUCAGGUAUAUUUAUUACCUUAACAAAUUACUGUGAUCUCCCUGUUUUUGACCAAAUCUCCCUGUUUUUUCUUUAGUAAAAAUCUAAAAUCUCCAGGUUUUGAAAAUUUAAGGUUUAUAGGUCUGAUGAAACCCUUUUGUAUGGCUUAUUGAUGCUGUGCUUCCAUUGAUUUAUCAUUACUUGACACAUUUUCUGUUUGUUAUUAGAGGUAUUUCCUUGACAACUUGGGACAUAGCUUCGUAAUCUAAAGAUAAUGGGCCAGAGAACUGCUUUAUCACCUUUUUACCUAUUAGUGUUAUGGCUUUGCUUCAAUUAUGACCCCUGUCUACCUAAUCCAAACAAUUCAAGAAAUAAAAAUGUCUGGGAUUAAUGUGGUUUAAUGGUUUUUUAUAGUUCCAGGAUUAAAUUUGAAAUAAAGAUAUGAAAUGUAGUUUUAAGAUUACAUGGUUGAUUUUGUGGAAAGCCUUCGGUCUUAUCUCAAGUAACUCAUCCUUUUUUGUUUGAUUCAGCCAAUUUUAUUUUUGUUUUGUCAAUACUUUACUCCAAAUCCAGUCUUUGUAAGUCUGCAAUGUUUUUUAGAAUGGAAAGGUCAACAUUUAAUUCUCCUUCCUUUGAAAUGAAAUUGUUUUAAUAGUUGAAUUAUACACAUGUGUCUUUUACACCAAAAAUGAGGUUUAUCUUUGAAAAUGAGCAGCAUGGUAUGUUAAAACUAUAAAACUUUACGUUUGUUGCUCUUUUGAAUUUGCUUGACUCUUCUGAUGGUCACCAAGGCUCUUGCCCCAGAAAGUUAGGGCAUAGUGUCAUCUUCAACCCAUGGGACUGUGUACAAUCGCACAGCCUUUCCUUAGAUCACUAUCAACCAGUUAAGGAUAUCUAAGGAUGGAAGUUUUUUUAUUUUUUACUAGGGAGAGGGGGUGUUUUUUCUAAUAAUAGUGUCUAUUUGAGUUAAAGAGAUAAAAAAUUUAUGUCUGGAUUCCGUCGUUGAUCAGGUGAGUUAGUUUCGAAAGUUUGAGUCGCUUAAUUAUUCUUCUAUUCACGUAGUCGCGUAAGAACUGCUCUUUCUUAUCGAGGGCUGCAAAAUAAAGUAUAGAUAAACUUUGUGCAUGAUGUGUGAAUGAAGAAAAGGUCACUGUAGCAGGCUGCUUGACAGGCUCCAAGGAGUUCUUGCGGCGAAAAGUCAAUAAAAUUGUAGCAAAUAAGAAACACGGCAAUACGCCGAGAAUAAACAACAAUAAAUACACGUAAAUCAGUGAAGGCUAAUAUUUCGCCCCGGCAUACGGGGCUUCAUCAGAGCCAAUUAUAUAUUAUGUAUUAUGAUAUUUGUGAAUGAUGAUACUUUUUUAAAGAGAGUACGGUUUAUUGGAAUUUUUGAUAAUAUUUCAAGUUUAUUUUACGUCCUUGAUCAAGAGAGUCCUAAUCCAGGUAACCGUGAUACUGACUCUUGAGUGGAUCACGUGGAUGGACAGGUUGUUGAUUAUGUAGUUAUCUAGCUAUUUCCGAGAUAACCAAAAAUCUUGGUGACGUCAUCCGAUAUUCAAGUUAUUUGUGGUUGCAUGUUGAAGUUACUAUUUGAGGUUCUGGUAUGUGUCAUAUAUAUUGUUAUAACACAUGAGGAAAUUUCCCAUGAUCCUUGUGUUUUCAUAGUAUUAGUCCACCUCUGUCACAUUUCCUUGUUGUGAAAUUGGUCGUUAUAUACAACAAUGAAUCCAGCCAAAACUUUUGACUAUAAUUGCUAAAUAAAAAGGUAUCGAUUAUCUGUGAUGUUGAAAUAUAAAUGCAAUGUGAUAUUUAUUGUGAAAAGGGUGGAGUGGGUAGAGAUUGUCGAGCCCAAAAGUGGGGAUCAUAUGUUUGCAAAUCUGCGAACUGGACAGUGUCUAUGGGAAGCACCGCAGGGGGCUAAAGUGAAGAAAACCCAUGAUAACCAAUGGUGGGAACUCUAUGAUGCCACGACACGCAGGUAUUACUAUUAUAAUGCCUCGUCUCAGAAGACAGUGUGGAGAAAACCUAAAGACGGUGAUAUUAUUCCCCUUGCCAAGCUUCAGCAACUGAAAGCGAAAGAAACUGGCAAGAAGAGUUCUGUGGACAGUAUAACCAAACAGAAAGAUGGUAUUUCGAAAAACGACAGCUUUCAUAAAGAGGACAAUGACCGAGAACAUAAAACAAAUAACGGCAAUCUUAUUAGCUACUCACGUGAUAAUGAUAACCAAAGCGAGGCUUCGGACAUAGAAAGUAUUAAAAGCGAUGCGAGUACCAAAGAUAGACUCAGACGAGAGCUUGAUUUAGCGUUUCGAACUGCAAGCUUCACAAGCGAUUCGAACAAGUUCCAGGAGGAGGAAUCAUUUAAGACUAGGCCAGGCGUUCCCCGGAGCUCAUCGGUGGAUGAUAGUGAAACAGACAACUUCAAAGCUGGCAAUAAAGGUAUCGACAAGCUAAGAUCUCAAACUGUCAAGGUUCAAGGGGUGUCUCCAAAAAUAGGACGAAAACCCCCACCCAAACCCCCGCGUAUUGGCAUGCCGGCUUCAAGUGAGUCUCAUCUAGGAUCGGAUUCUGAAUUACAUGGAGUAUCUCAACGAUCGUCAGCGCUUCUCCCCGGUUAUGAAGGCAAGAAUAAUUCAGAAAUAAACGUGAAACCGAAUUAUGAAGGAGAAAAUAGCUGGAAUAGUGAUUCAGAACCGGGUUGUGAAAAGUCUCAAGAAUCCGGCACAGCAGUUGUUGAUGGCAGUAAGGACUUGGAUGUAAGGCAGAAACCAGAUUAUGAUCAAAGUUAUGGGAGAGAUUCGACAGAUGGUGCGAUGUUAAGUGCAAUGAAACCUGCAGGAAGGAGCAAGUCAUUAAAGCCUAACCGACCGCCUCCUGUUGCGCCGCCAAAGCCACUCAGCCCCAACGCCACAAAGCCGCCGAACCACGUCCCAAUACCACCACCAUUGCCAAUUGUGAAAGCCAAAAAAGAUGGCAGAAGACAACUUCCAAAGAUCGACCUUGGUAAGGAGAAUGCGGGCAGUGACAAAGAAAAUGAGGGACAGCCAGAGGAGAUCGAUACAAUCAAAUCUCCAUUCAGUAGAAUGAUUCAAGAAAUGGAAGAAUACAGUGGACAGCUGCCCAUUUCACCUGAUGGGCACCCAGUGCCUAAAAAGUCAAAAGGAGUCGAGCCAUCGACAUCUCUAGACGAAACGUCAUCUCCCAGUGGCACUCUGCUGCCAACGAAAAACCCAGAGAAAUUCACACCGUUAGGGAAUGCACUAGAAAGGUCACAAACAUACCACAAUGAUGGGUCGGUUAAUGACCGCUCUCCUGGUUCAAACGAGAGUUUUGCAGAACGCCUCACGACAAUGGGCAUGCCUUCAGAGACAGCGGUACUGGUGGAUGCCUGUGACCCUUCCUCUGCCCCAGGCACCCCAUUGGUUGAACCAAGGCUCACUCGAAUUCACUCAGACACGACUGUCGUUGUUCGCAAGCCACCGAGCCCAGCCAAUGGGGAGAAGGCAGUAAUCACAAACAGGCCGAUGUCUUUGAUGCCCUCGCAUGGAAAGUCACGUGAUGCUCCCGAAGCUGCUAGUCGAACUCCGUUUAACGCCAGUGCACCUGAAGCCGCAGAUUUAACGCGAGAGGUCCCGCUAAGCAAACAUCGCAAAGGAUUCUUACGAAGAAGGAUGUCAAUCGCAAGCAUGUUAUCCUGGUCUAAGAAUCCAAUAAAGAAACCAAUGGUGAUGACGAGAAACAAGCAACUCAGGAAGGAGGCAAUCGACGUAUUUAAAUUAACAUUGCAGUACAUGGGUGACAAAGGGUCGCGAAAGUCAUCCUCUGCCAUAGCCCUUGAAGUCGUUUCAAAAGGCUGGAGCACCCCGGGGCUAAGAGACGAAAUCUACAUCCAGCUUUGUAAACAAACAACUUGCAACGAAAAAUCGACGAGUCUAAAGAAAGGCUGGGAAUUGAUAACCAUGUGUUUAUCGAUAUUCCCACCGUCAAAUAAAUUUCAUUCAUAUUUAGAGGGGUAUAUAUACAGGCAUUUGGAGCCUGAAAUGGACGAGCUUGGCGUUCCAAUUUCAACAUAUGCAAAGCACUGCUACAAACAGCUGGAGAGGAUUUGCCAAUCUGGCGCCAAACGAGGGCUUAAAAGGCCCACUGUGGAGGAGAUCGAGCAAGCUAAGGAAUCGGUGUUUCACCCGUCCAUGUUUGGCAAUACACUAGAAGACAUAAUGGAAAUGCAAGAGGAGCACUACAAAAGCAGGAGGUUACCUUGGAUCAUGACGACUCUAGCGGAACUUGUCUUGGCCAAUCAUGGGCUGAGCACCGAAGGAAUCUUCAGGGUUCCUGGUGACAUCGAUGAAGUCAACUCCCUGAAAGUUCAAAUCGACAAAUGGCAAGCACCCACGUUAGUUAAAGACCCCCACAUCCCAGGAUCUUUGUUGAAACUCUGGUUCAGAGACCUUUACGAACCAUUGAUUCCAAACGUUUUCUAUGAAAAGUGCAUUCGUAACUGCGACGACCCAACUGUUGCACUUAGCAUUGUUUACUCUAUACCUGAGCUGAAUAGUUUGGUUUUCUGUUAUCUUAUUCGAUUCUUACAGGCAUUCAUGACUCCUGAUGUAGCAGCGGUAUCAAAAAUGGACGAAAACAACCUGGCGAUGGUUUGGGCGCCGAACUGUCUUCGUUGUCCCUCUGACGAUCCUAUGCAGAUAUACGAGAAUACUCGCAAAGAAAUGACAUUUUUGCGAACUCUAAUGAAAAACUUAGACACGAGUUUUCUUGAAGGUGUCGUUUAAUGCCAGUAAAGGUAUUGGGAUAUCAUUGGUUACCACCAGAUGUUUAUCAGCCGUCUGGUUGCUGAACAUAAUGCAGAAUAUGUUGCGCUUGUUUAAAAGCAUGGAAAAGAGGUCGUUGUCAUGACACCUAUGAAGCACUGAAGAGAGGUGGAAAAGUGAGGGCGGUAUAUAUUUUGUUCAAUGAACAGAACAUGACAUAAUUUCUAGGCGGUUAUUUUAAGAAGGAAAAGCCGUUUGGUUAUUUUCGAGAUGAAAACGCUCUUUGUUCACCUGAAAGAAAGACACGGAACAGACUUGUUCUUUUCUAUAAAUCUUUGCCAUCUUGCAUCGUUCAAUCACUCCUAAUAACCUUUCAUUAUUUUUCUGGUAUAUAUAUUUUGAUAAAAGGAAGUUAUUUUUUAUUUUCUUAGCCAAAGCUGUUCUCAGAUAGACGAGCCUUUUGUUUCAUUUUUGAUUGUUUGUGGCUGACAGUAAAAGAACAUGUUUUUAGGCCAUUCCGACAAACCCUGAGAAGUCAACAGCGUAGCCCAUACACUAAAAUGUUUGUUGUUGUUUUUUCUAGCAAUUUCUGGUUAAUUUGUCUAACCGUUUGCCAGCUGUUACUUUCACAUCAUUUAGCAAGAAUCACGCUUCAAUUUGAUCCUUUUCAACUAAUUACCGUUUGAAAUUAUUUUCGAUUCUUUGCCGUGUCUUGUUGUUUACAAAUCCGUAUAUGGAGUAUCGACUUAGUCAUGAUAAUCUUUGCGUUUAGGCUUCAAAUACUUAAGCGAAUUGAUCUUUAUGCAUGUUUAUUGCAAACAGCACUGAGAAUCAUAUUAUGUGACAUUUAAAAACCUUAAUAUUUAAGACAAGUUGCAUGUGACUGUUUUCCGAGGCUGCAUACUUUGAAUGUGGCUACGCAGGAGGCGGCAGAUAUCUCAAUUCAAAACUACCAACUACCAUGUACGGAUCCAUAUACAGAUAAGACAAAAUAGAAAGUGUUGACAAAAAAUGUGAUCAUAUUUUUGUUCACUGUUGAAUUUGAUACGAAAUUGCCUAAUAAGUUAUUCACAACCUUGAUAUGACAAUAGGUGGUGUCUCAAAAUUUCCCCGCCGAACCUGCCGAAGUGAUAUAACUUUUCUAAUUAAGGCAACAGCAUAUCCACUGCAAGAUCACCUUCGACUAUACCAGCUAAACAGAGGAAUGAGAUUGUCACCUUUCGUGUUUCUAGUAAAGUGUCCCCAUUCGACCGAUAAUAUGACAGGAUGCGGCGAAAAUUUGUACGAUGGUUAUUUUAAAUCUCUUACGGUGAAGAUUGUUUUGGAAUGAUUGCUUCGCCAUUUAUUGCUGUAUUUAUUUUAACUUGAUAAGAGGAACAUGAUUUUCAUUUAACAAAAUGUCCGCAGCCUGUGCCUAGACCUGCUUAUGAUUAAGACAAAGAUCACGUGAUCAACCCAUUUCUUAAGUUGACAUUAAGUUCGUUGGUUUGUUAUACUUUACGACGAUUAUCGCAGUUUCUUUCAGAAGUUGUUUCUGAUGUGAUUUUAUUUAUGACGUCAUGGAUGAUAAUUAGCUGUUAAUUGCAGAGUUUCAUGUAUGUAUUGAUUUUUAUCAGGUUUCAAAUGUAAUAUAUUUAGUGUUGAUAGAUUCAUUCCAAAGCGUCAAAAAGGA